AUGGUAGGCGAUGACAACAAACGGGAAGCGCUCAACAUAAGCAUCAGGAAUUGGGAGUGCGGCCUUCAGCUGCAGCUCGUUGGGCUCCGCUCCGCUAGCCUGAAAAAACGCUACCAAGCCCGGAUGGAGAUAAAAGGCUGCGCAGCCCAAUGCGCCAUGAUAAAUCGGGUCACGGCAGGCAUACUGCCGCACCAAGUCUCAUUUUCCUACGAAGAGGCAGAGCUGGGCGGCGGUCCGGCGCGUGAUGGGCUGAACGUCUUGCGCGGGCCGUUUUCCCUAUACCAGAAUGCUACUGUAUCACAGUUGAGGGAUGAGCGCAUGUUGGCCCGGCAGCCCAAUAUUUACUACCUGUCCUUCCGGGAUUGCCCAGCCGUGUCGGAGCCUUGUCACUCGGUCAUGUUCGAGCAGUCCGAAUACCGUCUUCCGGAAAAGAUGGUCAAAUACUUGGACUCGAAGCUCGGGCUCAACGACUUGGCGACGAUCUAUCGCAGUGAUGUGGGGUGUUUUCGCUCCGACGAGACUUGUUUCAUCGCGUUUCUCGGGCAGAACUACGCGGGGCGAGAUGUGGAAUUUCGGGCGUUGCAGCAGCGGCUCGAACCCCGGGGCGCCGAUUCGUGGCAGCAGAGUCCGAUCCCCACCUACCAAGUCUCGGAAAGACUGCAAGGAGGUACAGCGCAAUUUGCCCUGCUCAAUCGACUAACCGAGGGGAUGCUCCGGCACCAAGUCCCGUUUUACUACGACGAGCACGAGCUGGGCGGUGGCCCGGCACGCGAUGCGUUGGAUAUAUUAGGCGGAUUAUUUACCGUAUCCCGGCGGUGUGGUGGGUUCGAGGAUACGGCCGCGUUGUUAAGGGAGGAACGCUUUCUGCGCAGACAGCCAAACAUUAUUGCCCAUAUUCCAAUAAUCUGCCUUUCGAUGCACUACAGUACCCCAGAAUACUGGGAAACCGCAUCGGAGAUGAUGACCGCCUUCUUCGACGCGGCCCUUGUGACGCAUCGUCCGGCUGGGGACGCAGGUCGCUGCCUCAAAAUCAGACUUGUCUUCGGGCCGACAGCCGAGCCGCAGACAGAAUACCGUCUUCCGGAAAAUUUGGUCAAAUAUUUGGACUCGAAGCUCGGGCUCAACGACGUGGCGACAAUCUACCGCAGCAACGUGGGGUGUUUUCGCGUCGGCGAGACGUGUGUCAUCGCGUUUCUCGGGCAGAACUACGCGGGGCGAGAUGUGGAAUUUCGGGCGUUGCAGAAACGGCUCGAACACCGGAGCGCCGAUUCGUGGCAGCAAAAGUGGCCCAAAGAGGCGGAAGCUCAAAAUGUGAAGGAAACCGGCAAACAAUCGAACCAUGAAGGCGCA